AUGCUGUCAGCUCGCCCCAUGCCCGCUGACGUGGAGAUCCGGGACGUAUGGGAAACCAACCUUGAGGAAACUAUGAAGACGAUUCGCGAGGUAGUGACGAAGGGGUGCUACGUCGCCAUGGACACAGAGUAUCCAGGUGUAGUGGCACGUCCCAUUGGCUCCUUCACGACUUCCACGGACUACCAAUACCAGACGCUUCGCUGCAAUGUGGACCUGCUACGUAUCAUCCAAUUGGGUGUAGCCUUCUUCAAUGAGGACGGCUCAUACAUGGAGGACUUGCCUGUAUGGCAAUUCAACUUCAAGUUCAGUCUCAGCGAAGACAUGUACGCACAAGACUCGAUCGAGAUCCUCAAGCAGGCAGGUAUCGACUUUGCAAAGCAUGAAGAACAAGGGAUCGAAGUGGCGCGAUUUGGAGAACUCUUAGUGCCCUCAGGCCUCGUACUGGGCGACCACGUCAAGUGGGUUUCGUUCCACGGCUCCUCGGACUUUGGCUACCUUCUCAAGGUGUUGACUUGCGCCCCAUUGCCAGCUGAAGAAGAAACGUUCUUUGACCUAUUGAACACGUACUUCCCUGCUACGACUCAGUCGCUUGGCCGAGGACCUUAA